AUGGCAUACCCUCAGGGCUACUUGUACCAGGCGUCCACCCCUCUGGCUCUCUACUCGUGUCCUUCAUACGGUUCGAGCGCGCUGUCGGCGCCGCGCGCGGAUGAGCUGAACAGAGGGAACUCCAGCUCCUCCGGCUCUGCGUUUGCGCCAUACGCAGGAUCUACAGCUUUCACCAGCCAAACUCCAGCCUUCAACUCGCUCCAGUACGGCUCAGAGCCCGCAUCUGCACCACAGUUCUCCUCCUUCGUGGGUUCCCCGUAUGAGCCGUCUCCGGGUCUGGCCGCCUCUCUGGGUUACGCGCACCCGUACGGAGCGCCGCUGGGCGCGUUCCCGCUCGGAGACCCCGCGUACCGGAAGAACGCCACACGGGACGCCACGGCAACGCUGAAGGCCUGGCUCAGUGAGCACAGGAAGAACCCAUACCCCACCAAGGGGGAGAAGAUCAUGCUGGCCAUCAUCACCAAAAUGACCCUCACCCAAGUGUCUACCUGGUUCGCCAACGCGCGCAGGAGACUGAAGAAGGAGAACAAGAUGACCUGGACCCCACGGAACAGAAGCGAGGACGAAGAUGAAGAAGAUAACAUCGAUUUGGAAAAAAAUGAUGAUGAAGAUGAGCCGAUUAAGGCAGCCGAAAUAGCAGAGUCGACCAAAGAAUUAGGCCUCCCUGUUAGUCCACGACUAAUCACGACCGAGAAGCACACAGAACACACUGAUGAUGAGGCGGAUGGUGUUAUCGACACCUCCGCUCGGAAGGACGGGGAGCCGCGGGCUGGGUGCGACUCCUCAUCACCCACGACCUCCUCUCUCCAAAGCGGUCCGGAGAGAGUCGGGCCAGAGACACCCGCAGAUCAGGGAGACACUCCGAGUGCAGUGAAGCCCUCCGGAGAGAGCGGCCUUGGCACAUCUGUCAUUCAUUCCACGAACCCGGCUCCCAAACCCAAACUGUGGUCUCUGGCUGAGAUCGCCACGUCGGAUAAACCGGGUGGUGAGCGGCUCCAGACUUGCGGAGCCGCACAGGGUCCGCUCAUCAUCAGCACGGGCACAUUCUCGCCCUCCAGGUCGCCCACACGGGCUCCUCUCCUCCCCAGGCACUUCUACUACGCUUCUGCGUUUUAUCCCGCUUUCACGAACUACAGCGCGUUCGGGCCGCCGGGUCGCGCUUCUGGCUCCGGAUUAAGCGAAGCGGCGCUGCACAGAGCAGCCAGAGGAAACACCGCAGCGGUCGACAUGCGCAAAGAGCUGGCACAGGCGGAGGCGCACUCCAAGCGUUAA